AUGCACUUCCUCAAAUCGCUUUUAAUCGCUUCCUCUUGCAUCCCCCUCUUCUUCGCCAUUCAGUGCUAUAACGGGAAUCAGGGGCUUUAUGUGACGACAACCAACAUUCCCACGGUCGAUUGCGGGGCUACGAUCAACACUUGCGCCAAGAGUGUGGAUCUUGUCGGACAAAUGGCGUACCGGACUUGCGGAUCCGCGUAUUCUUGCACGUUUGUGAGUUGCAUGCUGUGAAAUUGUCUAAUUUUUACUGUCACACCUUUUGCUGCCAGUUUUUAUAUUACACUUGACAUGCAGUGAAGAUUUUUUGAAAUUUCUUUAGGCCAACGGAACCGCCUCUCCACGCGGCUACUGUUACAACGUGUCGACCUCGCAAACGCUCUGCUGUUGCUAUGGGAACCUGUGCAACGCGACGACUCGGCCCGCCUUCAAUAUUUUCUAUCUCGUAAUGCCACUAUUGAUUUUGCUGGCACUUCAAAGCCGUAAAUUCGUAUUUUAG